CAAGUAUAACUGCAUAGGCAAUAUGCUACCUCUAAUCUUUAUUGAAAGUGCUCAAAUGCCUUUGGUGAAUUGAGAAGAAUAAUGCUUCAAAAAGACUAGGGAGGGACCAGCGUUACAGGAAGGGCAACUUUGAACCUUUAUUCCGUGAAAACCAAUCAGAUGCAUUUGACAGUUUGACAUACAUACUCGUGACCAUGUGACUUCUACUUUAAAACCACUCAAAUACCAAAGAGUUCUCUAACAAAAUACAAUAUCAAGAUGCUGCUUUUAUGGGUAACACUGCUUGUUCUUCACCAAGGCUAUACGCUGGUUCCAGUGACUACAGUUCCUCUUGGUGAAUCUGUGACCUUCACAUGUGCUCUCCCUACUAUUGAGUAUGGCAUUAAACAGCUCUACUGGUUCAAGCAAAAUGCUGGAGAGAAUCUGACAUUAAUUGUGAAACUGAUCAAAUUUACAAAACCUGAGUUUGCACCAGAGUUUUCUGACACAAGAUUGGAGGUAAAAAGCGAUAACAAUUUAAGCAACCUGACGAUUCUGAGGACAAUCCCAGAAGAUGAAGGAAUGUAUCACUGCUUAAUCACAGAACGUUUUAGCAAUCCUGAAUGGAGUGGGACAUAUUUGUUACUAAAAGGAAACACUCAGAGGACUUCAAAAUAUUCUGUUCAGUGGCCGACAUUAUCUGAUCCAGCUCCUCCAGGAAACUCGAUGACCCUUCAGUGUUCGGUCCUCUCUAAAUCUGAGAAUAAAACAUGUCCAGGAGACAUCCGUGUGUUCUGGUUCAGAGCCGGUUCAGAUAAAUCUCGUCCUAGCUUCAUCUACACUGAUGGAAGGGGACAAGAGGAAUGUGAGAAGUUACCGGACACUCAGAAGAGUUGCUUUUCAAAGAACUUCAACUCCGCUGAUGCCGGGACUUACUACUGUGCUGUGGCCUCAUGUGGAGAGAUAUUAUUUGGAGAUGUAACAAAACUGAAAACUGAAGAUUCCCUCUGUAAUUUACAGACUUACAACAUAUAUCUGCUGUGUGGGAUCUCGGCUAUAAGUCUGAUUGUUAUAUCCGUCCUUAUUCACGCCAUCAAGAGAAGCAAGUGUGAAUGUGACCAUAAUAAGGAUGCUGUGUCCCUGCAAGACUAUGUUGCAAACAUGAAUGCAAAGAAAAAUGACCAAUGGAUUUAUUCUACUGUCAUCUACACCGUGAUGAAAACCAGCAUUGGUGGAACGAGAGACAAAAAAGCAUCAAAGAGAGAGAGGAUCUACGCUGCCGCCAAGGCAUGUGAAGACAUCAGUGGUGCACGAGCAGGGCUCUGUGUCACAAUGAUUGGAGGACUGGCUGCUUUGAUUUUUCUAAGUGCAUUGUCCCUGAUUCAAACUGCAGAGGAUUCUCACCAGAUCUCUUUGACUGUGGUGGAACUUGGCGAUGAUUUGGGUUUGGCAUGUUCAACUGUUGAAAAUGUAGCCGGGUUAUUUUACUGGUAUAAGCUGAAGUUUGGAUAUAUGGUCGAAACAGUUGCAGCAGGAACUUUGGCGAACAUAACACUUCAAGGAGAAUUUAAAAACUCAAGACUAGCUGUUAAAAAACUGAAUGGUCAGUUUGUUCUGAACAUCAGAAAUGUAACUAAAGAAGAUGAAGCAACGUACUUCUGUCAAGCAGGAACAGCAUACACCAUGGAAUUGGUUAAUAGCACACUUUUGGUUGUUAAUGAUCAUAAAAACCUGAAGAAAUCUAUCUACGUGAAACAAAGUCUGAAGACCAAGUCAGUCCAGCCCGGCGACUCAGUGACUCUCCAGUGUUCACUCCUCUCCAAACACAAAGAAAAGGCAGAUCAGUGUCCAGGCGAACACAAUGUGUACUGGUUCAGGUCUGGAUCAGGAGAAUCCCAUCCAAGCAUAAUUUACACUCACAGUGAGGAACAAAAGGAAAGCAGUUGUGUCUUCAGUCUGUUCAAAACUAUACACAACUCCUCUGAUACCGGGACGUAUUACUGUGCUGUGGCUACAUGUGGACAGAUCCUGUUUGGAGAAGGAACUACAGUAGAGACAAGACAACAACUGGACCUAUUUGUCCCUGUGCUCGGGACGCUGCUGGCCUGCUGUUUGAUUGUGAUUGCUGUUCUUAUAAUCUUCAGAAAUCAAAAGUCAGUUUGUGAACAUUGCAAAGGAGAAUCUUCCAACCAUGCUCUUGAUGAAAGAUUGGCUGAGGAUGAAUCAAUUAAUGUGGGCGGUGGAGCAGCACUGAACUAUGUAGCGCUGGAUUUCCCCUCAAGAAAAGCCAAAAGAUGGAAAAACAGUGAGUUACAGCAGGACUGUCUAUACUCUGGCAUGACAGAUCAUCAGUGAACUAUACGACAAAAUAAGGUCAAUUGUGUUUCAUGUUAGAUUCAUCUUGAAUAAACACUGAAUAAUU